UGGUCUGUCACAGGAAAUGACGAUGAUUAAUUGUGUUUUAUGACUGAUGUGGUGAAAGGUUUUUAGGUACAUGAAUACUUUUGCAAAUUGUUAUUUUCACAGAGGCCUCCGUUUUUUGUGGAGAAUUGUUUAAUAUCUACAAAUAUUUUACCACAGUCAUUUGAAGGAGUGCAGCAAGUGAUAAAAGCUUUGUUUUUCACACAGUUUUAAAACAUUUAAGCACACUGAAAUCAUAAGGGCUUUUAUUUAAAACAAAUUAAAGAAACAAAGUAGAAAAAAGGCUAUACAAAUGAUUAUCUUAAAGCAGUUUUAUCUUCUCUUUCUGCGGACCCAGUGACCAUUCCCUUGGUCCUCCAAGGGUCCACGGCCCACACAUUUAGGAACCAAAGCUCUCCUCGGGAAGCUUCUACAAGCGAGUGAAGGAAGUUGCAGCCCAUGUUUGGAAAUGUUCCCCCGAGGCGCCGCUUCAGUCGGAGGAAAAACGAUCGGCUUGAAAACACGCAGUGCUGGACGCACAUCAGCGCUCCCAGAAGGAAGAUUUUUUAUCAGAACAGAAAGAACAACAUAAUCUUCACCACUUCUACCAUGGCUCAGGCUAAAAUACACGCGAAAAUGAACGAAGGUGCCUGCAGCAAGUUCAACAGGACGCUGUCCAUGGCAGAUCGCUCCGGGCGACUCCUGGAAAGUUUGGAUCAACUGGAAAUGAGGGUGGAGGCUUUACGCGAAGCCGCAGCUGCUAUGGAGCAGGAAAGGGAGAGCAUCCUGGAAAUGAUUCAGUCCGUGCAGAACAGUCAAGAAAUGCGUAACAUCUGUCAGGGUGAGAGAGAAGAGUUAACUUUAACUUCAAACCGUCUGAUGGGCCGGGCGAUCUCCGUGGAGAUCUCUGUUGGGACGAUCAGAAACCCCCAGCAGGAGGAGGCGCUGCAGAAGGCCACAUCUAUAAUAGAUGAAAUAGUGAAAAAGUUACUGAGUGACAUGGAAGGCGAUCGGCAGCAGCUGCUGGCCCUGCAUGCGGCCUGUGUGACCGAAGCACCGCCUGUCCCCAUUGACCAGAAGUUUCAGGCCAUAGUGAUCAGCUGCGCCUUGGAGGACCAGAAGAAGAUCAAGAGGAGGCUGGAGAUGCUGCUGAGGAAUGUGGAAAAUGCCGAGAAGAACAUCAAAAUUAUGGAUCACCAAAAACUUGAGGACACAAAGACCAAUGGAGGUCACUAGGGCUCAUUAGCAACAAGAAAACAUGCGUUGAAUUCCUCUAAACUCACAGAAAAUUGUUGUAAACUUUUAUGUUUACUUAAUUUCAGGAGUCUAAAUGUUGCAGCAUAGCAAGUAGAGUGAUACAGUGCCUUACAAAAGUAGCCAUAUUCCUUGAACUUACCAUUUUGUAACAUUACAACCUCACACAUCAGUGUAUUUUGUUGGGAUUUUGUGUGAUGUGAUUAAUGAAGACAUAAUCACAUAAUUUAUUUGUUUAGAACAAAACUUAAAAACCAUGUAUCAUUUUGCUUCCACUUCCCAGUUAUGCACUACUUUGUUGACUUGUUCCAAUAAAGUACAUUAAAGUUUGGGGAGGUUGAAAGAAAAUAUUAAAGAGUUCAGGGGGAAUAAAUACAUGUGUCAGGCACUGCAUCAAACCCUGAAGCAAAAAAAAAAAAAAAGCCUUUACAAUAUUGUUUACACUGACUGUAUGCAUGUACUCCGAGUCAGUUCAGUUUACCAAAUGAUACUUGAUUAUGCAAUGUGAAAUCAUUUAAAAUAUAUUAGUACUCCUAUAUUACAGUAGCCCACUAAAAUAAUUUGGUAUAGAAAUGUCGAAACAAACAUGACAAAUUAUGAUAUUGAUUCUAAAGCUGUUUUAACCAAAUUGAAGUAUCUUUGACCCUCAUUUUAAACCACCUUAAGUAGUGUGAAGGAUUUUGGAUGUGCUUAACAUUACCUCCUCAUGUGAAGGCAACAACUCACAUAUGCUGUGCAUUUGAACUGUUUUCACAAAGUGAUUAUUUUGAACGUAAUUCAAUAAAAACCUUUCAUAAAAAGA